AUGUCUUCUCCGUGCAGCUACUGCAACAAAACAUCGUUCAUCGGUGACGAUGUCUCUGGCGAGUUAAUAUGUUCCUCAUGCGGCGGCAUUCAGCAGUUCGACCAAUUCGACGCCCAAAUCGGCGCCAUCGACGGUCCUCAGGGAACCUUCAUCCGUGUCGGCACCGCAGGUUCGGGCAGCCUUUAUUCAUUCAAAGAGAGGAAACUUUUCGCCGCGCAAACCACCAUCGAGGAAGUAACUUACACCCUAGGGUUAUCUUCCAAGAGCGUCGACGUUAGGAGCAUGGCGUCCACUAUCACCGAGGGCGAGUUCGGCCAAGGCGAGUGGUUCCGCGUGCUCAUCGGUGCGUGCGCGUAUGUUGUCAUGCGGAGGGAGGAUCAACCCUUGCCGAUGGCGGAAGUCGCCUCAGCGGUGGGGUGCGACUUGUAUGAAAUCGGUAGGAGUGUCGUUUUUGAAUCCGAGAUUCGGAAGCAGGAGGUGUUUUUGAUUCAGUGUGCGGUGAAGUGGUUUUUGAGCACUGGUCGCCGGCCGCUUCCGUUGGUGGUGGCGGUGGUGGUGUUUGUAGCGGAGCUGAAUGGGAUUGCGGUGGAGAUGGAGGAAUUGGCUAGGGAGGUUCAUGCUAAGGUUUCAACUUGUAGGACUAGGUAUAAGGAGUUCCUUGAGACACUUGUGAAAGUUGCACAGGUGCUGCCUUGGGGGAAGGAUGUUACUGUUAAGAACAUUGUUAAGAAUGCGCCUUUUGUGAUUCAGAAUUUGGAGAGGAAGGCUAUGUUGAACCCUGGGGUGAUUCAGGAGAAGAGGAAGGAUCUUCAUCGAGCUGCAGUUGACUUGGAGGAUGUGGUUGCUAAAUGCUUGAGACAUGAUGAUGAAUUAGAAUAUGGGGUUGAUGGCGUGACUUCGCGGAAGGAUUUGCAGUAUUUUUCGUCGGAGAGUAAGGCUAAUAGAUUGGGUGUUGGGGAUGCUGACAUGCUGCAGGUUUCGCCUGAAUGCUUGUCUGUGCUGUAUAAGAAGUUUUUAGAUGAAAAUCGUUGUGCCGAGCCUUUGAGAGGGAGUGCGAAUGCUCGGAAAACAAGAAAUUUUGGAUUUGAUCUGCAACAGUGUACGGAGUGGUGGGAUGGAAAAUCUGAACUGAGCAAAAAGCUUCUGCUUAAACAUCUUCUGGAGAAGGAUAUUGGAGUGGAGACCAUGCUGCCAUCAUUUGUCAAUGGUCAAUUGAAAUGUAAAAUGAGGCAGGACAGAAUCAAUGCUGCUAAGCUAAGGAUAAAGCGAAUUAUGCAUCCCUUUGGGUGCUGA